UUUGUUUUAUUAUAAAGAUAUUUUGAUCAGAUUGCCCAUCCUUGUUUUGACUGCUCCAAAGCAAUGAAGCUGGAACUUUUAUUCAGUAUAAUAUUUUUGGUUUUGGUUAAUAAUUCAAACGCGGAUUAUGCUUUCGGGCAUAGAGGCUUCAGAGUUUUAGAUCCUCCAGAAGAUCUUACAAGGGAUACUACAAGAGUUACAUCAAAUUUGUUUAUUGAACAGAAAGUUGACAACUUUAACUCAUCGGACACUAGAACGUAUAGUCAGAGAUAUCAUGUGAACGAGUAUUACUACAAUGAAACGGCAAAAAAUCACGUUUUCCUCCUAUUGGGAGGCGAAUGGGAGGCAACCACUGGUUGGUUAACUUAUGGGGCCUGGAUCGAAACAGCCAGACAGUAUGGAGCUCUUUUGAUUUACUUGGAACAUAGAUACUACGGUUACAGCCAUCCUUUCAGCGAUUUAAGCACAGAAAAUCUUCAGUACCUCAGUGCAACUCAGGCCUUAGCGGAUACAGCCAAUUUCAUUGAAUAUAUUAACAAUCAAUAUAAUAUCAGUUCUUCGGAAGCAAAGUGGAUAGCUUUUGGUGGAUCUUAUGCUGGCACUUUAGCUACAUGGCUGAGAGAUAAGUAUCCCGACCUGGUAGCUGGAGCUGUAUCUUCCAGUGGACCUUUGGAGGCAGUUCUGGAUUUCCAUAAAUACUAUCAGGUGGUGAGAGAAAGUUUAGCUACAUACAGCGAUAGCUGCGUUGAAAAUGUUAGAGAGGCUUUUUCGCAACUUGAAGAAUUAACGAGCAGCUGCCUGGAAGAGACAGAGGUUUCUGGAGAAAUUGACACAAUAUUUAAACUUUGCACUUCAAUUGCGGAGAGCGAAGUGACUGAUAACGACUUGUCGUCUUUGUUUGAAUAUAUUGCUGGCUAUAACUUCGCCUAUAUCGUACAGUAUAACGGUCGGUUAUCGAUAACUUUGGAUAAUAUUUGUGACAUUAUGACCAAUGAAACUUCCGGAAACACUGCCCUGGAGAGACUAGGUAAAGCGAACGACUUACUUUUAUCUUACUUUGGCUACACUUGCUCGGAUUUCUUAUAUGAGAGUACAGUAGAAUACCUGAAAGAUACUGUCAUAUACUCUAGCUCCAUGAGUCGACAAUGGUAUUAUCAGACGUGCACGGAAUAUGGAUUUUAUCAAACCUCCAGUCAAGAAGACCCGAUCUUCGGGUCGCGCUUUGAAGUUUCAUUUUACACCAAUCUUUGCGUUGAUGUUUUUGGCAGUAUGUUCAACGAAACCCGAAUCAACCAAGGUAUUAAGGAGAUUAACAACAAGUAUGGAGCUCAAAAUGUAUCCACCAGUAAUAUCGUUCAUUUUCAUGGGAAGAUCGAUCCCUGGUACCCACUUGGUAAACUAACAACAACUGAAGAUAUUGGAGAUACAGUCAUUAUAGUUGAGGGAGUUGCUCAUUGUGCAAGCAUGUAUGCAAGUAGUGCCAAUGAUCCAGCUGAUCUUACAGCUGCUCGUGUUGAGAUAGACAGAUUAAUAGGAACAUGGUUGGAAGUAAGUACUGAUGAAUCAGAAGACUCUGAAGGUGCUGAUGAAUCAGAAGAUUCGAAUGUACCUGAUGAUACCGAGGAUUCUGAAAACCCCGAUGAAUCGCAACAAGACAACAGUUCAUCUGUAAAAUGCAGUUGUAAUUCAUAUGUAAUCGGUUUAGUCGCAAUCAUAAUGUUUUAUGUAGCAAAGUAAAGUAAAACCUGCUUCUUCUAUA